CAUUCCACUCCACUCCACUCCACAAUUCAAUUGAGUAAUAGCACAAUAUUGAAGUUGGUGAUGAUCAACAUGAGAAUCCAAACAGUGGUGACCUUGCUCUUGAUGAUCAUCUUUUUGCAGAACUUCAUAAUAAACUCAGAAGGAGUCAUUCAGUGCAGUGAUGUGCUUAAGGACAUCAGCUCAUGCACAAGCUACUUAAAGAGUGGCUCCGGCAGCCCAUCGGCCGCCUGUUGCAGUGGAAUAUCGAAGCUAAACUCCGCGGCUUCGACAUCGGCCGAUAAAAAGGCGGCAUGCAAAUGCCUGCUCUCUGCUGCACAAAAGAUCAAGCCUGAUGCUGCUGCUGCCAAGGGUCUCCCAAGUAGCUGUGGAAUUAGCCUACCUUACACUAUUUCCACCAGCAUAGAUUGCUCCAAAGUUAAUUGAACCAGAAUCACUAUUGUGGAAUAAAUGAUUACCUUUGAGUUUUAAGUGCCUACUAAAAUAAAGAUUUGAGGAUCUGACUUGUAUUGUCAGAUUACUCUGCUUGUCUGUUUCUCAGGCUGUUUGUUUGAGUUCUUUUGUUAUGCUGUUGUUCAUGUUAUGAUUCCAUAUUGAUGUUUAAUAUGAUCUGCUUCCAAAAUAAAUC